CUACCUGGGACCUAUCCUGAGUCAGCCAAGUACAAGAGAUGACUAAUAGAUUGAUGUCCUCUGGAAGGAAAGUAAGUCACCAGUGUUCUGUCCUGGGAGCUUGGUGAUCAAAGUUGUGGGCACCACCCGAUUGGAAGUAAUAGCCAAUAUGUUAGAAGACAGCUUGAGGAUCCAGAACAUCUCAGCAAACUAGAACACCAGGCUGAAUUGGACAGGCUGCACUUAGAUAGAGAUUGAAAGCAUGGCUAUCCUUUUCGCAGUUGUUGCCAGAGGCACAACCAUCCUUGCCAAACAUGCUUGGUGUGGCGGAAACUUCCUGGAGGUGACAGAGCAGAUUCUGGCUAAAAUACCCUCUGAAAAUAACAAACUCACUUAUUCACAUGGAAAUUAUCUGUUUCACUACAUCUGCCAAGACAGGAUCGUAUAUCUUUGUAUCACAGAUGAUGAUUUUGAACGUUCCCGAGCCUUCAGUUUUCUGAAUGAAAUCAAGAAGAGGUUUCAGACUACUUAUGGUUCCAGAGCACAAACAGCCCUUCCCUAUGCCAUGAACAGUGAGUUCUCCAGUGUUCUGGCUGCACAACUGAAAUAUCACUCUGAGAACAAACACGUGGACAAAGUGGUGGAGACUCAAGCCCAAGUGGAUGAACUAAAAGGAAUCAUGGUCCGGAACAUUGAUCUAGUGGCCCAACGAGGAGAAAGAUUGGAGUUACUGAUAGAUAAAACAGAACAUCUGGUAGAUUCAUCAGUCACCUUCAAAACUACUAGCAGGAACCUUGCCAGAGCCAUGUGUAUGAAGAACUUGAAGCUCACCGUCAUCAUCAUCAUCGCAGCAAUGAUCUUCAUCUACGUCGUUGUCUCAGUUGCCUGUGGUGGGCUUACCUGGCCAAGCUGUGUGGUGAAAUAAAUUCAGAACAAUCUUAAGCCAAGAAUAUGAGGGAGCAAGGAUUUAAGAAGCAACCCAAGUAACUUCUUCCUGAUUGCUACUGUCCAUCCCUUCCUUCCACUUUUCUUCCAUCAUCCCCAGACUGCACUUUUCUUUGUGUAUCCCAGUGUCCCCCAAAUGGAGCCAUCCAGUCACUGCUUCUGCGCCACUGCCACCUUGGUUGGAAAGGGACUUGUCAUUUUGAACUUUUUGCUGUUACCCAGAUGGAGCCACCCAGGUCUCCAACUGCUAUUUGGGAAUAAAGAGGGCACACAUAUUGGUGUGACCAUAUACACCGAAGCAUUUGCACUUUAAUGGAAUCCAAACGAUGCAUCUCAGCCUCAUCCCUUCUGAUAUGUAUGGACGGACACCAUUCCGAGUAGAGAAUCAGUAGUGGGGGCACACCUUUGCUUCUUUGGGGGGUUGGAAUUCCAGGAUUGGUGCUGUCCGUCUGUUCAUUUAGAGCCCACUCAAGACCUAUCAUUGCUAACCAGGUGAGGAUCAGAUCAAUGAUUAACAGAAAGGACCUGUUGGAAUUCCUCAAGUCCAUUCAUCCCGCAUGGUAUUUUCUGGCAUCCAGUUCAGAAAAAUGGACCAAACUGUUCCUCUGCUUUUCUGUUGCGAUUGAGUUGAAAAAGUGAUGGUUUCGUUCAUGUCCAAAGUUGGAUCAAUGUUGCUACUUUCCCUGUUGUGUGUUUAAAUGUUUUUGUCCUCUUGGGGGGAGGGGCUCUUCAGAUCAACCCUCUUGUUCCCAAAGUGGUAGAAGUGUUUUGGCCAAGAAUGAUGCAGGAAGAGAGACUCUUAACAGCUUGGAUUGGCUUGGAAGUUGUUUAAGUAGAACACAGAAAGUCUCUUUCUUAUGGGGGCUUGACAGUUGUGUUGCUUUGAAUGAAUAAACUGAAUACCAAGUCAGCAGUAGAGCUGGUGUGGUAGCUGAGAGUACCUCUCUCCCCAUCCCCUAUAUUGGCUUUUAUUGCUGCUCAGCUACAGACUGCACAUCCUUCAAGGCUAGGCCUGUGCACGUUAAGUGUCUUUCUACAGCUGGACAAGAGAUUUAGCAAAUACUUGGCCAGAGCUCAGGUCACCAAGCAAAGCACAUUUCGGUGGCUAAACAGCCUUCAUUGGUGGCAAAGAGGGCAGGCUCCUUUAAAAAUGUUAAUGAUUUCAAAAAUCAUUUGACUAGAGUGGAGAUGGAAAGAAAGCAAAUAGUAUGGUGCACAAAAGGAACAGAAAGCAGUGUAGUGAGCCCAUCUUGGAACUUGGCUAGAGGUCAUGUAGUUUAAAUGACACACCUGCUAUCAAGGAAGUUGCUAUGUGUGUUUCAAAGGGAGUCAGGGGUCCGUCUAUUGAUUUCUCAGUAAGUGGCCUUCAGUGAGAUUAUAUGAAGCUUUGACUCCUUUGUUAACUGAAGAAUUAGUGUCUGUGCUCCAUUCUCUUCAGAUUGUGGCUCCUCUUGAAUUAUCCCAACCAUGUGCCUUGACUAUAUAUGCAUCACUUCAUGUGGCUCACAGUGCCUAUCCUUUUAAUUGCAUUCCAUAAUUCACACUGUUUUAUUGGUAUCUGCUCCUUCACCCCCUUCCCUUAACCCAAAAUACACAUUGAAAGUAUUACUGUCUCCCUUGCCCCCCAUGUUGUUGAUGCCCAUUGGUCAGGUCUAUCACAGUGGCCCUUUCAAAACUUUUUUUUUUUUAAUAUUACUUUAACCUACUUGGUCCAGAACAGAAUUGUGCUUCCUUGGGUUAUAACCACCAAAAUAGCUUUACUCAGAAGCAAAUGGCUUCAAAGUCCAAUUCCCUUUUGUGUCCACACCUGCACCAAGUUACCAGUGCACCUAACUGCAUGUUUCAGGGAAUUGACUUUGCUCUUGAUUCUUUUUCUGUAUAAAACCACUUUUAACAAAGAUGCUCUUGUCUUAAAGUUCAUUGACAGCGUAAUUGAAAAGCUUCACCUCUUGAAAUAAAACGACACAGAAAUGUGA